CUGUUGCUCGGCACGGAGCAGCUGCAUUCAUCCUUCCACCUGCAUCCUUUCACACUCGGCUCAAACAUACAGCACAGUGUGCUAUUACAGUACGAACAGACUUUAAUCCUGCUGUAUAGAGAUAUUUUAGGACUUUAACAUGCUUAGCACCGUACUAAAACAACUGAAAAGCCACCCAGCUUUGAUCCCUCUGUUUGUGUUCAUUGGUGGUGGUGCAAGCAUGUCUGUACUUUACCUAUGCCGCCUUGCGCUGAAGAACCCUGACUGCUCAUGGGAUCGAAAGAACAACCCAGAGCCUUGGAAUAAACUUGGGCCAAAUGACCAGUACAAGCUCUUCACGGUCAACAUGGACUACUCUAAACUGAAGAAGGACAGGCCUGACUUUUAAACAGUUCGGUGAAUGUGUGUUUUAAACGGUGCACUGUCUGGAGGUCUGUUAAACACACAACCAAAUACCAGAAACCUCUUUAACAUUUAAGUCUUUGUUUUAAAGAUGGAAUGUAGUCUUUGGAAACACACAUAAACACAAAGAUAUGUGAUAUAAAUGUCUAUCUCAGAAACAAUAUUUUAACAUACAAACAGUAUAUUCACACUAUAAAGAAAAUGUAUCUCCAUACCUUUGCUUAUUGUUAUCUGUAAUUAUCUUCCUCUAAUCCAAAUAAACUAGACAGACAGCAA